AUGCAGCAGCAGCAGCAGCAGAUGCAGAUUCCGACUAACCAACAGCUGCGCCACACCAACCUCUCUAGCAGCAGCAGCAUCAGCAGCAGCAGCAGCAGAGACAAUAGCAGUGGCAGUAGAAGCAAUAGCAGUAGCAGCAGCAGCAGCAGCAACAGCAGCAGCAGCAGCAACAGAAGCAAUAGCAGAAGCAAUACAAACAACAGCAGCAGCAGCAGUAACAGUAGCAGCAGUAGCAGCAAUGUAGCAGAAGUAGCAGCAGCAGCAGCAGCAGCAGCAGUGCAACAGCAGCAGCAGCAGCAGCCGCAGCACCACCACCACCAGCCGCAGCAGCAGCAGCAGCACUACCACCACCAGCAUCACCAGCAUCACCAGCCGCACCACCACCACCACCAGCAGCAUCACCACCACCACCACCACCAGCACCAGCAGAGCAGUAACAGUAGCAGCAGUAGCAGCAAUGUAGCAGAAGUAGCAGCAGCAGCAGCAGCAGCAGCAGUAGCAGCAGUGCAACAGCAGCAGCAGCCGCAGCACCACCACCACCACCAGCAUCACCAGCAUCACCAGCCGCAGCAGCGGCAGCAGCAUCACCAGCAGCAGCAUCACCAGCCGCAGCAGCAGCAGCAGCAGCACCAGCAGCAGGAGCAGCACCAGCAGCAGAAGCAGCAGCAGCAGCACCACCACCACCACCAGCAUCACCAGCAGCAGCACCACCACCACCACCAGCAUCACCACCAGCCGCAGCACCACCACCACCACCACCACCACCACCACCAGCAUCACCAGCAGCACCAGCAUCACCAGCAGCAGCAGCAGGAGCAGCAGCAGCAGCAGCAGCAGCAACAUACCCGAACAAAUCCUCAUAAACCCUCAUAA